AUGGCCCUACGGGCGGCUGAGAGCGACAGAGAGAACAUCUUCGGGAGAGGAAGGAGAGAAGAUGCAGAAAGCCAAGCGGUCAGAAGCAGCCGGAAAGCAGCCGUCCGCGCGUGGGCGGGAGUCGGACAAGAGAACGAAAAUGAAGGAACGAAACCUACGCAUGUUAAAUCAGACAAAGAUGACGAAGAGCUGGAAGAGAGAGAUGACCGAGCAGACGAGAGAGGAGAACAACGUCAAGAACGAGAUAAAGAACGAGAAGAAGACAGAGAAGGGAGGGCAGAGGCUUCAGAUAGCGAUGAUGGCGUUGAGGUAACGGCCAUCGCCAUUCCGUUAACAAAGGUUCCCGGAACGGUGUUUGAGAGUCUUGUCCCGUCGCCUUCUUCGCUGUCUCUCGCAAGGUCGCCGCUCUGUCCGGGUGCGCCCCGCAGGGAAACUGAAGAGCUGCGCAUCUAUUUCGACGCAUGCAAAGCAACGACCGAUCUGGGAAGGCAGCCCCACGCAGUGGCGAGGAAGCAGCAGCGUGUGGAGGACUCGCAUGCACGCGGCGAGGCCGAGAGCGAGGAACAGGAUGCAGAGACCGAAGGAGAAGGCGCAGCCAAGCCGCGAGAGGCUGGGAAGCGGCACGUGGCCGCGCAGCAUGCGGCCGAAGGGAGAACCGAUGAGGGAAGAAAGGACGACGAAGCAGAUCUUGUUCUCCCUUCCGCCUCGGAUACGGAUGUGGAGGAACUUGAGAAAGAAGGGUGGUGGAUUGGUUCUUCUAGAGACCCCGGGAGGGGAUCUAUUCCUGCCUCUUCCCCUGCCUCGCAUUCGUGCUCGGCAAGUGCUCCCUCGGCGUCUGCUUCCUCUUCUUUCUCGUCGUCUCGCGCUGCUUCUCACGCAGCAUCUGUCUCCCCGGGCGGCAACGCAGGGGCACCAGAGACAGGCGACCUCACCGACUUUCUCGUGGAACGGUUGCUCUUCCUGUCGAGCAAAUACGAGGAGCACGGCGAAGUGUGGAGGGCGACGGGUUUCCGUAUUGCCUCGGGCGUGAUUCGCCAGUGCAGCGGCGCAGCCUUCCGAGCCGCCGAGCAGGCGAGACGAGCUUCCCAGACACACCGGCGCCAAGGCAGCCAUGCGGCUCCAUCCUCCCCGGCAACCCAAACGUCGGAGAACACUUCCCCAGGCUCUCCCGCCUCUGCUGCGUCUGCCACUGCUGCGUCUGCCACUGCUGCGUCUGCCACUGCUGCGUCUGGUUUGUCUCCGCGUGCGCGCCUGCGCCGCGAAGGGAUCACGCGUCAGAACUACGUGCUGCUGAAGCAGGAGCCUGGGAUCGGUUCGUCGAUUUUCCAGACCAUCGACGAGUUGGUUUCGACCGGGACCACCCGCCGGCUGCAGGUGCUGCUCCACGGCGAGCGCGCGGCUGCCCGCGAGGAGUUGCAGAAAGUCUGGGGCGUCGGAUUCCACACUGCGGAGAAGCUGAUCGCUUUGGGGGUUCACUCCGUCGCGGCCCUGCGCAGAGUCGUGGCGCAAGCGGCGUCUCGCGGGGGGCGAAGCGACUCACCGGCCAGUGUACAUACACCGCACGCGUCGCCAGAGGAGGGACUUUCAGAGGCCGCGAAAAAGGCGGAAACAGACGGGGCCGCACCCACGGGACAGACGCUGCUGCACAGCGUGUUUGGCGCGGACCACGUGGACACGUACCUGUUGACGGGCGAAACUGGGCGCGGCAGAGGCACGCCGCGAGGUGUACAUACACCGCGCCCUGAAGUGCAGAAGACCGUGGCGUCCCCAGGCGCCCGUUGGGUGCACGGUCCGGCGCGCGCGGGGGUCCGGUUUGCUUCGAGGAGGGCGACCGAGGGCGAGGACGCCGUCGCCGCGAAGAGACAGAACGAGGCCGCCCGUCUCCUCACCAGGCCGCAGCUCACAGGUCUUAAAUACGUCGAGGCCUUCCAGAAGCGAAUUCCUAGAGAGGAAGUGGCUGCGGUCGCCGACUUUAUUCGUUCCGAGCUGGGUCUCGAGAAGGCCAACGAGGAGCGGCCAAGCAUCCGUCUCCGAAAGCGCGCGAAACGCGAACAGAGAGACGAAGGAACGAAAGGCGAUAGGGGAGACGCUCAGGAGUCGGCGAAGGACGAGAGAAGAAUCGAGGGAGCGUCUGUCGAAUCCUGGACGGACGGCCUGCUCAUGCUGGACGUGUGCGGCAGCUAUCGACGUGGAAAGGCGGAAUGCGGAGAUAUCGACAUUCUCCUUAUUCGCCGAGACAAUGUCCCCAGGGGGUGUUUGAAGAACGUCAUCUCACGUUUGACCUCUUGCGGGCUUCUCGUGGAUCACCUACUCCUCAACGCACUGGCGACACCCGCCGACCCAGACGGCCGCGCCAGGCUCGAACGUGAAUCUUCGCCCCUCCGCCGACGCAGCGUCCAGGAGGCAACGCCCGCGGAGAGAAAAUUCUCUGAAUCCACACUCUCGUCCCGACACUCAGUCGCCGAGCUGUACUGCGGAGUAUGCAUCUGGCCUCCCAACCCUUCGGGAGGACAAGCGCUUUCGUCUCGCGCGGAGUGUGUCAUUACUCGUCUGUUUCUCGCCACUCGCCUGCGGCUUCCAACCGUCGAUAUCCCCCCGUCCUCUCAGAACCCCUCAGUGGGCGGGUUUGCCGGUGUCGGCCUCUGCGUGUUGGCCUGGGUUUGCUCAUGCUUUAGCUCUUUUCGCGUGCGUUGGAAGGCUGCGGUGCAUGCGCGAAUUUCUCUCUCGAUUUGCGUCGGACCGGCAGGCGCGUUCGUCGGCCCGCGACUGCCAAGGCGCAUUGACAUCAAAAUAUAUCCGGCUCGGUGUCGCGCCUACGCGCUGUUGUAUUUCACCGGCUCCGCGCAGUUCAAUCGGAGCAUGCGUUUGUGGGCAAAGCGCCUGUCUGUCUUGCUCGACGACACUGGCUGCUACCCGCGACUGACCGUCGGCGCUCGUGCCAUGCAAAAACCGGAGAUUACAAGCCCGAAGGAGCGUCAGCACGACCUGAGUGACGGCGACUUAAAACGCGAACGGGUGAACAAAGACACCGACAAAGAGGCGGGGUCCGACAGAGAAAGCGAGGGAGCGCCGGACGCCUUGGAAGACGCAGAAAGACCGAGCAGCGGCGAACGAGAGAGAUGGGGAGGAACCGCGGUUAUUGGAGAAGAGCCGGAGGGCCGGGAGGCGGAGGACGCGGUUUACCAGGCUUCAGAGAUCCCCAUCAGGGGAAAAGGGGGAAACGCCGUCGCAGGACGGCUGAAGCACUGUGCGACAGAAGAAGAAAUUUUCGAUCUCCUGGGUCUUCAGUUUGUGCAGCCCAAUGACAGAGAAGUAUUUGUGCAGCCCAAGGACGUCGCGAGUCCGUCUUGUCAAAGCAGUGAAGGCAGUGACUAG